AACUUGAAACUGGUAGUGGAGCUAAUCAAAUUGGCAAUUUACAACGAGCUGGAAAUACUCGUUGGGGUUCCCACUUUUCUUCUGUGUGUAGCUUGAAGAAAAUGUUUAGUGCUACUGGGAGUGUGCUUCAAACCAUUAUAUCUGAUGGAGCAAAUUAUUCCCAACGCGGUGACGCUGAUUCUGCUUAUACUGCCAUGACAUCUUUUCAGUUUGUUUUUAUCUUACUCUUGAUGGAAAGGAUAAUGGGAGUUACUGAUGUUCUUUGUCAAGCUUUGCAACAACGAUCCCAAGACAUAUUGAAUGCUAUGCAUUUAGUCUCAACAACAAAACAACUUCUUCAAAAUUUGAGAGAUGAUGGGUGGAAUAGUUUUUUAAAUGAUGUUAAUUUAUUUUGCCAAAGUAAUGAAGUUGAGAUGCCUGAUAUGAAUUCUACUCAUAAAGUAGGUCGGGGGAAGUCGAUUCACCAGCCACGAGAUACUAAUAUCACGAUGGAGCAUCAUUUUCAUUUUGAUAUAUUUGUGACUACCAUAGACACACAGAUGAAAGAGUUAAAUUGCAGAUUUAAUGAGCAAACAAUGGAACUUUUAACUCUUAGUUGUGCUUUGGACCCAAGUGAUUUCACAGAACAAGAUAGGCUCCUCCUGAAGUUUCAAUUGCACCAUUAUCAUCUUGACAUGACUAAGCAUCAAGACCUAUGUCAUUUGUCUACUCUUGCAGCACUAUGCGAAGGAUUAACAAAGACGGGAAAAUCCAAAGUAUAUUAUCUAGUUGAUAGGUUGAUUCGUUUGAUCUUACUUCUUCCGGUGUCUACUGCUACCACAGAACGAGCUUUUUCUGUUAUGAAGCUUACCAAAACUAGAAUUCGGAACAAAAUGGAAGAUGGGUUCCUUGGAGAUUGCAUGCUUCUACAUAUUGAAAGGGAAAUUGCUGAUCUUUUUAGUACAGAUUCCAUAAUAGAUGAAUUCUAUUCGAAGAAAAAACGUAGAGCACAACUUAAAUGAUGUAUUAUUUUGGACGUAUUUAUUUGAAGAUUUGGUUUAUUGUCAAAAAAAAAAAUUAAACCACAUUUAUUUAUUUAUUU